AUGCGUAAAACUUUCUGGAUCAGUGUAAUCUUAACAGUAUCAUGCUUGGGGAUCUUGGAGAACUGGCAGUGUGUCCAAUCUGUUGAGGAUGUGAAAGACCUCAGCUCUGUCGCCAAAAGAAUCCGUGGUAGAGAGGAGUUCGAUGAACAUUUACCCAGUGACCAUGAAGAGACAUCCAAAAGGAAGAAGAUCUUGACAGGAAGUGGCACUUCAUCACGCGAUCUAGGUUUGACCUCGAAAAGUCUGAUCACGAAUGCAGGCAAGUCGGAACUUAGAACAGAAGCAGAGAAAAACGUUCUGAAGAAUUUCUUGAACACCAAAAAGGCUGUCAAUGACUGGAAAUUUGAUUUUUUACAACUUGGAUGGACUGCUCCGCAACAAGUAAGAUUCCAGAAAGAAAUGCAAGUCGUAAUGGAGUCACUAUCGAAGCUGUAUGAACAUAAAAUCUACGAGUUGAGAGGUGAGAAGUUCAAAUUUCAGGUGACGCCUGCCGGGGACUCCCAGAUGACGGAUGAGAAGCAGCAAGAGGAGUGGCUCAAAUCGGUUGCAGACAUCAGCAAGACUUGGAAAGAUUUAAUGGAUCCGGAGAGUGGUGCUCACUCAAUACUUAAGAGAGGAAGUGAUCUGAUGAUUGACUGCUUCAUUGACAUGAAAAGGCUUGGAAUCAUCACCGACGGGAUCCUCUCUAGGUUUCUAAACAAGAACAACGAGGGAGAUUUGAUAACCACUUACGCGAUUUGCAAUUUCACUCCUUCCCUCACUUUGCCCAAAGUUUAUGUGAACUUCAACAUAAAACUCAGCCUGCUGGAAUGUCCCUCCACCAGAAAAUUGAGCCCGCUUUUGAUACACUUGGAUCCGAGGACUUGGGAACGGAUCGAAUUCGAUUUUCUGGGCUAUUGGCUUGGGGAGUUCCAGGCGAUGUACCCCUCACUUUCAGAAGAGACUUCAGCAUUCGAUGGCAUCAUAGAUACUUUCUUGAAGGUAGCAUCACCGGACAACCAAUCUGGCACGGAAGUAGAGGCACUCCUGAAAGACCUACUCCUUCACAUAUCUUCUCAAACUAGGAUUAGAUUAGAGGAAGGGCGAGCUCGAAGGCUGAUCGAAUUCAAACUGUUAUACGAUAUGACGAAGUUCAUCAUGUCUUGUCACUCGUCAAGAAUCUCGGUCGAAUUCUUGGGAAAGUUGAAGCGCUCGUUACUCUUUAACCAGAUCCGCACAUUCGAGGAAUCAGUUGGGUUAUUCUCAAGUAUAAUGCACUCGGUUCAUGUCCGAAGGAAAGCGACACUACUUGCCGUCCCCAUGGGGCACCCUGAACUUUUAGAAAAACUAAAGAAUGGAGUAGAAAAAUUAAUAGAUUCAAAUCGAAACAGACGGAUUUCAAGCUUUGCCAAUUUAGCGGAUGAUGUUAAUCAAGUUUCCUACGGUAAAUAUCAAAAAAUUGCUGAAACGAAUGCAGAAAAGUUCGUGUCACAGUUUGAAUCAAGCUUGACAAAGAUGUUACCCGCUGAUCCUAUGGAAAUCAGAUAUUCAAUCGGAAAAAUCAAGGAGCAGUUCCAAAGAUACUGGAUUCAAUUCCAGAUAUUAAUGGAAAGAGAAAGCAUGCUUUUCCAAAAUUUCUCGGAGUUAAUGGCAGGUUUCUCUCGUGCCGAAACCUACUUAGUCCACCAGUUGGAAAAGGGAGAACAGGAACUUUUCAAAAGAUAUGGGGUUCCUCAUUAG